CUCAACCCGGAAGUCAAUUUUGUAAAUAAACAAAUGUCAUUUCUUUUCAUAGCAAAGUCCACGUUUUAAAAUCCAACCAGUUUACUCUGGAUGUCACGCCGUAUAAAUUUAGAAAAUCAGUAUUAGAUUUUUAUUUAAAGAUACAGUAAUCAUGGCGGAGAAUGUGUUUUUGUUUAUUCCAAAUAUUGUGGACUAUUUGCGAGUGGUUUUUGCAUUUGCAUCAUUCUACUAUAUGCCAAGUGACCCGUGGUUGGCCUCGAUAUUGUAUAUCGUAAGUGGGCUCCUUGAUGCUAUAGAUGGACACCUUGCCAGAACACUUAAUCAAGGUAGCAAGUUGGGUGCCAUGUUAGAUCAGCUGAUUGACAGAGCCACAACCAUGUGUCUGUGUGCAGCACUGUGCCAUUUCUACCCUAAAUACAUGCUGUUCUUCCAGGCUUCCAUGGCAAUAGAUAUAGUCAGUCACUGGUUUCAUAUACAGAGCACCUUAAUGACAGGAGGUGGAAGUCAUAAGGUCCUUGAUCUGUCGGCAAACCCUAUACUCCGACAUUACUAUCACAACAAGAUGAUCCUAUUUGUGAUGUGUUCAGCCAAUGAGUUGUUCUUCUGUAUGUUGUAUCUGUGCUAUUUCACGCAAGGACCAACAGUUUUAUUUGGACUUGGCUUGUGGAAGCUGAUUUUGUAUGUAUGCGCUCCGCUAUCAUUCAUAAAGACUGGGAUAAGUUUGAUUCAACUUGGGGCAGCCAUGUCUAAUAUCGCCAACUUGGACAUGGCAGAGAGGGAGAAAAUGAAAACCAAGUGAAGUAUGACAGAUUUCCAGAGUCUCUCGACUUUUCACAAAAAAUGGAAAGUGAUGAUAUUACAGUGAUGGAUUUUGUUGUUAGAUGUUGUUUUAGAUAGGUAAAAUAAGGUUCAAUAGUAUGGACGUGCAUUUAAUACUUUUAUUGAGAAAGUUUUAACUGAAGGAGAGUUUCACAAAACUGAAACACGUUGUGAAGUUUGCUUAAAUAGGUUUUUAAAAUGCAUUAAAACUGUUUUCAUAUGUCCCCGCAUUGGCGACAUAUAGUGUUUGAGCUGUCCUUACAGCCAUUUGUUCAUCCAUAAAUCCAUCUGUCAUAAUUUCUUGUUUAUUCAACUUCUACAGUUUGCAUCCAUUUGAAAUGAAGCCUUGUAUACUAUAUCAACUUGAAGUUGUCAUGCUUAUAUAAUCGGGACGUUGAUGCUCAAUAAUAUUUUUGUUUCCUUUUGACUUUGAUAUGAGCCGCGCCAUGAGAAAACCAACAUAGUGGCUUUGCGACCAGCAUGGAUCCAGACCAGCCUGCGCAUCCGCGCAGUCUGGUCAGGAUCCUUGCUGUUCGCUUUCAAAGCCUAUUGCAAUUGGAGAAACUGUUAGCGAACAGCAUGGGUCCUGACCAGACUGCGCGGAUGCGCAGGCUGGUCUGGAACCAUGCUGGUCGCAAAGCCACUAUGUUGGUUUUCUCAUGGCACGGCUCAUAUAUUUUAACAAACUUCCUUUAUGAACUCUCUAAAUGCAUUAUAGGCCAGACCUUAAAUUUUAUCUUAGUGCUGUUUGGCUAGGUUUUAGAAUUUUAAAUAUUGGUAAUGGGCCUUUAGUGACUGUCAAGAAUUUUCAUGCAAUAACGUAUCCUUUAUAUGUCAUUUCCCUCGGUCAUAACAGAAAGUUUUUAACUUAUUUUUCAUGACAGCCAGAGAAUGCCAAAAAACUUGCAGACAAUAUGUACACUUUGUAUGUUACCUUCAUUACAUAAAGAUUUUAUUAUUAUUAUUGUAUUAUUAUAAAUGAACAGAAAUAACCGAUUAUCAUUACAAGUCCAUAACCUUAAAAAAGACAGAUUUCAAAAUAAUCUCAAAAUACAUCAGUGUUAAGCUUCCGGAGAAUUGGUGCUGUAUAUUUGGUAAUAUUUCACGUGGAUUUUAUUUUUGCUACUAUUUAUGAAAUCCCACUCCCUUAUUCAAAAUAUUAUUGAAAAUUAAUCUGAAUUCCACAGAUAAGAUUGCUAACCAUGAAGUUGCUAGAUAAAGCCUAAACGAACAGUUACUCAGACUACUACAUUAUUACAUACUCGUUUCUAUUCCCCAUUAUGUUACACUGUUACUGGAAAUGUCAAUAUUUUUCCAUACACUGACGCCUGAAUUUCAUAUCGGGUGCGUGACGUAAUUCAGUGUGUGUUGUUGCACUAUUUUUUUUCUGUUCAGUUCAGUAUUGUCAAUCCUAUUUAGGCUAUUGAACAUAUUUAUGAUAUUUACAUAAUAUUUAUACCGUAUGUGUAGAAGGGGCCUCUGUAGCCGAGUGGUUACGGUCGCUGACUUCAAAUCACUUGCCCCUUAUCGAUGUGGGUUCGGGCCUCACUAGGGGCGUUGAAUUCUUCAUGUGAGGAAGUCAUCCAGCUGGCUUACGGAAGGUCGGUGGUUCUACCCAGGUGCCCGCUCGUGAUGAAAUAAUGCAUGGAGGGGCACCUGGGAUCUUCCUCCAUCAUUAAAGCUGGAAAGUUGCCUUAUGACCUAUCUUGUGUCGGUGCGACUUUAAUCCAACAAAAAAAAAUUAUAUGUGUAGAUGCGUAUAUAAUAAAAGGUUAUUAUCUUUGCAUCGGGAAAUAUGCACUCGUUCUUCAGCGGAAGAAUAUUUCUCUCCUAAAGUCGCACAAUAUCUCCGCUGAAGAACUUGUGCAUAUUUCCCGAUACAAAGCUAAUAGCCUAUAAUUAUUAGAGAUUUUGAGAUUUUCGACUUGUCUGGUUUGGGUACAUUUAGCAAUUUUAUUUUAUUAAACAUUACGGAUUUUGUUGCUUUUUAUACACCCAUUUUGAAAAAAAUGGGACGUAUUAUGUGUUGGCUCUAAUUCUCUAGCUUGUAGGUUUAGCAUAUUCUUUUUUAUAACUAAUCUGUUAUAUCCAGUUUUAGGUUCAUUUUUAGCUCAUCUGAUUUUUUGAAA